UCUUCAUGCUCUAAUUACGAAAGCGACUCACCAUCCAUCUAUACGGACACACCAUUUAUGCUCCAACUGCGGAAGGGGCCAUUAUCAGUCAUCAUAUCGCACAUUACUAUUGCCUCUGAUACAUUUAUUAAUAGGGUGUUUUUCAAAGGUAACCCACCGUCGUGUCCGGUGGCUUAACUUCACCGUCGUCUCCCUCGCUUUCUAGUUACAAGCGGCAAGCCGUCGUAUCUCUCUCUCGUCUCCCGUCGUCUCCCGUCUUUUCAGGAAGAAAAUUUAAGGAAUUGAAGAAGAUGUGAACAGCACCCAAGCCGGAUCCUUCAACUUUUAAUCUUGUUCUUUGGUUCCUUCUAAACGGCACCGUUUGAACGUCCGCUAAAUUGGCUACAGAAUAAUCUUUCAACUUUCUCUCUCAACUUUUUUUUUUUUCCUGUUAUCUUCUUUUGAAAAGCGGUUAAUGCCUGCCAUUGGUUUCAGAUUCUUUCAACUUUCUCUCUCGAAAACCGUAACUAAGCUUCAGCACUGUUUCAUUUAUGCUCGCUGCUUCGAAACCCAGAUCGCAUUUUCCAAAACCCAUUACCCGAAACUCACGAAUGAUGACUCACAACUCCUCCGUUACCUUUCCAAACGUAGGCUUGAAGAAGCAUGUAACAUGGUUGAAGAAUUGUCUGAGAGAGACCGACAUUCCCGAAUCGUACACUGGACUUCAUUGCUGUCAAAGUACUCGAAGAAUGGCUUUGUUGAUGAAGCCCGGACGCUCUUUGAUGUCAUGCUUGAGAGGAAUGUUAUUACUUAUAAUGUGAUGUUGUUUGGGUAUGUGCAGAGUGGUAGGUUGAGUGAGGCUUGGCGGUUCUUUGAGGAGAUGCCUGAAAGGAAUGUUGUGUCUUGGACUUCAAUGCUUUGUGGGUUGGCAGAUGCAGGAAGGAUUGCUGAGGCGAAGAGGUUGUUUGAAGUGAUGCCGGAAAGGAAUGCUGUCUCUUGGAAUUCGAUGGUAGUGGGGUUGAUUAGGAAUGGGGAUUUGGAAGAAGCAAGGCUGGUUUUUCAGCUAAUGCCAGAUAAGAAUACAGUUUCUUGGAAUACUAUGAUUGCGGGGUAUGCUGAGAAUUGUAGAAUGGAAGAAGCAAAAGUGUUGUUUGAUGAGAUGCAAGAGAGAAAUUUGGUCACUUGGACUAGCAUGAUAACUGGUUAUUGUAGAAUGGGCAAUGUGGAAGAGGGGUAUUGUCUGUUUCAGAGGAUGCCUGAGAGGAACAUUGUUUCUUGGACAGCCAUGAUAGGUGGGUUCACUUGGAAUGGGUUCUAUAAAGAAGCUUUGUUGCUUUUUCUUGAAAUGAGAGGGGAUUUUGAUGUAAAACCAAAUGGGGAGACCUUCAUUUCACUUGCUUAUGCUUGUGCUGGUGUAGCUUUUCAUCGUCUUGGCAUGCAGUUGCAUGCUCAGCUGGUCAUUAACAGUUGGGACUAUGAUGAUUAUGAUGGCAGGUUAUCGAGGAGCCUCAUUCACAUGUACUCUAUUUUUGGUAUGAUGGAUUUUGCACACUACAUUUUUAUGAAUAAUCCAGAUAUAUAUUCUUAUAAUUCUAUGAUCAAUGGCUAUAUUCGCAUUGCACAGCUGGAGAAGGCUCAAAAUUUGUUUGACAUGGUACCCAUCCGAGAUAAGAUUUCAUGGACUUCUAUGAUUAGUGGCUAUUUCAGUGUUGGGCAAGUAUCGAGGGCAUGUUAUAUGUUCUACAAUAUGCCUGAAAGAGAUGUAGUUGCAUGGACUGCAAUGAUUUCAGGGCAUGUCCAAAAUGAGUUUUUUGCUGAAGCUACCUACUUAUUUUCAGAAAUGCGAGCCCAGGGUGUUUCACCUCUAAGUUCCACGUAUUCUGUUCUUCUUGGAGCCACUGGUGCAUUGUCAUAUCUUGAUCAGGGGAGGCAGUUCCAUUGCAUGAUGAUGAAAACAUUGUAUGAAUUUGAGUUGAUUCUCGGGAAUUCUCUGAUCUCAAUGUAUGCAAAAUGUGGGGAGAUAGGUGAUGCAUUUAGCAUAUUCUCAAACAUGAUUUCUCGGGAUUUAAUUUCUUGGAAUUCCAUGAUCAUGGGGUUUUCACAUCAUGGGCUAGCAAAUGAAACCCUCAAGAUCUUUGAAGACAUGCUUAGAUUUGGGACCCACCCAGAUUCUGUUACUUUUUUGGGGGUCCUAUCAGCAUGUAGCCAUGCUGGACUGGUCAGUCAAGGGGGGGAAAUAUUUAGAGCCAUGAGUGAUGCUUAUGCAAUUCAACCAGGUUUGGAGCAUUAUAUUUGUAUGAUUAAUCUUUUGGGCCGAGCUGGGAAAGUAAAACAAGCGGAGGAGCUAGCGUUGGGGCUACCCCUUAAGUCAGAUCGUGCUGUUUGGGGGUCAUUGCUUGGUGUAUGUGGAUUUCAUGAGACAAAUGCUGAGAUCGCUAGGCGUGCAGCCAAACGACUCCUUGAACUGGAUCCUUUUAAUGCACCUGCCCAUGUGGUGCUCUGUAACAUUUAUGCAGCAAAUGGGAAGCAUGUUGAGGGAACAAUGUUGAGGAAAAAGAUGAAAUUGAAGGGUGUCACAAAGGUUCCUGGCUGUAGUUGGAUACUGCUGAAAGGGAAGGCUCAUGUUUUCCUGUCAGGAGAUAAAUUACAUCCACAAUUGGAUGAGAUGUUAGCUCUCUUAUGUAGGACAGCAGGUAAAUCAUAAGAAAGUGGGUGAAAUAUGUAAGCUGUGGGGGAAGUUUGUGUUCAUUGGAUAGAUGCAAAUAUUUGUGAGGAUCAUACUAGAUUAGACAUUAUCACCUUCCAAAACCAUUUUUUUUAUUGGAGUUGAGACACAUCUAUAUGGCAAGGAUUUUACCUCUUGAACUAGGCAGAGGAUAUGCUACCACGAUUACACUUUUUUUUUUUUUUUUU